AAGAAAUAAUGGAAAAACCAGCUCAGAAACGAUCUCGAUGCAUCGUUCAUGCAAUUCACAUUCUACACCUGUGUUUGUCUUUAGGACUCAUUAUCGCAGUAAUUCACAAUCAAGUUGUCAAUAAUUCAAGGUUUCAAAAACUCGAGGCUAGGUGUGCAUGCGUAGGAAAACCGUCUAGCCGUACUGUWGUCAACAGUACAAAGCCCAACGAUGGCCGGUACUACUUACAGGCAACGAACAAUAAGCCAAUAACAAGGMGAARSCUGCAGAAGGAGAAGUCCAAUGUUCAGACAGACGAUCAGGCGAGGAAAAACAGUUUGUACGGAAAUGAAACAUUUUCCCCUGCGAUAGCUAAUGAAACAGAUGUGCCUAACAAGGCCUGGCAGACGUUGAAAUCAGAUGCGCAUAAAAUGGCUGACCUGGUUUCSUGUGCAAAAAAAAUGAAGGACAUCAUCGAUGAUUUUGUUGCAAAUGGAACAAGUGAUUGUAAAAAUCUUAAAGGCGAGAAAGGCGACCAAGGAGCUAUGGGCAAUCGAGGGGAAAAGGGAUGCGCUGGUACAUCUUUUGCGCCUCCUGCAAUCAAGUCUGGUACCAGCAACGUCGUGACCAACGAAGGAAAAGCAACAGUGCUCUCUUGCAACGUAACUGCAAAUCCUCCUGCAACAAUAUCUUGGUAUCAUGACAGUACKAUUAUAAAAGCAAAAAGAGACCGAAAGUCACAAAAAUACACCAUCACAAAUCGUGAUGUCACACCUUUAGGAUCGUUUAGAGCUCGUUCAGUUUGCCCAAGUGAACUUCACCAUCCAGUAAUACAAAGCUCUUUAUUGAUAACAAAUGCAAGUGGCAAUGACACUGGGACUUAUUUUUGUCAAGCUCGCAAUUUCAUGGGUGUUUCAAGACUCGAUUCCUACCUCCUAGUACAAGAAUAUGUACGCUGUGCUGUAGUUCCACCCAAACUCAMAGUCGUUCAAGGAGAAAACGCCCUUCUGGCCUGUCGUGCUUUUGGAGUGCCCAAGCCAACUAUUACGUGGAAAAGAAAAAAUGGCGGGCCGAUGCCAGUACAACAUAGCAUUGUUAUGGGAGGCGUCCUACUGGUUAGAAAUAUACGUAAAGCAGAAGAAGGCACAUUUGUAUGUAACGCCACAAAUACCCUUGGAUCAAAGUUAUUCGAGGCUACAGUUACUGUUAAUGUACAUCCAAAGAUUGAUUACUUCCAUGGAAAUCUGCUGACAACAAACCAAAGUGAAAACUUGACGCUUCCAUGUAACGCGACGGGAUUUCCAAUCCCUGAAAUUGUAUGGCGAAAGAUCAAUGGAACUCUUCCUCUUGGUCGUUCAUUUUACAAUUCACAAAUGUUGAUCAUAAAAAACGUGCAAUAUCAAGACAGGGGUGAAUAUGAGUGUAUUGUAACAAACUCGGUURGAAUGGUAAAGGAAAAAGUUCGUGUUAUUGUACAAGUACCGCCAACAAUAUCAAAAAAGCCAAACUCUACAGAAUAUGGCUUCAAAGGCAAAACCAAAAUUUUAGAAUUUGAUGCCUUUUCGAUUCCCAAAGCAGAGAUAUCGUGGAUAACACCUUUUUAUGUACAAGGUUUAAAAAGAUUUCGACAAGAAAAUGRUAGUCUUGCAAUUAACAAUGCCCAGUUCACAGAUUCUGGUAACUAUCUGGCAAUAGCAAAGAACAUCCUUGGGGAAGUCAAAGUUAACGUAUUAUUUGUUGUCAGACAGCCAGUUCCUGCUGCAGUGAGAUCUCUAAAACCCAGAGGUCCGUUAAAAGUCAAAAUAUUUGAAGGAGAGAACUUAACAAGAACCUGCUUUGCUGUUGGUGUUCCAAUGCCUAAGAUAUCUUGGAAAUAUGAAGGCACUACAAUUAUAUCCACAACAGGAUAUGACCUUACCUUAAGACUGACAAAUGCCACGACUGAACAAAACUCAGGAACGUAUUCUUGUGUGGCCCUCAAUCAAUUUGGAUUUGAGGAACAAMGCGUUGAAGUGAAGGUUAUAAAAAAGUGGAUAACUGUGACUUUACCACRGCUAYCUUGGCGUUACCGUCACGGCAAUGUGCGUUACAUAUACAAAAGACUCGGCAACUCUACAGGUCAACUGAUGUCAUAUAGAUAUCCAAGAACAUAYCCAACGRAUGCAAAUGUYCGAUGGAAAUUAACAUCAAACACUAGAAUUAAGCUCGAGUUUGUGAAGUUCGAAACCGAGAAAUGCUGUGAUAAAGUGAAGGUCUACGAUGGUGGAUCCGAACAUUAUCCAUCUCUGGGUCAGUUCAGUGGAGACAGCUUGCCACCAACUAUUACCAGCUCAUCCAAGGAGCUAUACAUCACUUUUAAAUCMGAUUCAUCAAAAGGAAGAUCUGGCUUUCUUGCAGUAUACUCCGCAAUCAUUUAGAGGAAAAGUUUGAAAACAGAAGAAAUCCUUGCACUACUGAUGAUUCAUGAUCUUGACUUUAAGUUAAACUCAAAUGAUUUUACCUAGAAUUAUGAACAAUUAUGAACAAAAUCGAAAAGUAUAUUCAUUAUAAGAUAUGAAAUCUUGGGAGGCUAGAAAUUUAGUGAAAUAAAAAAAAUGGAAUUCAAUGGACUUCAUGCCGUCAUUCAUUAUGGAAUCAGACGAAGGAAAAUUAAAGAUAUGAACGCGAAAAUAUUGGUAAUGUGUAUUUAAAAAGAAUAAUUUUGUUUAAAAUGAAAGUGUUUGCUAUGCUUUGCGUGAUAUUUGAUCYGAGACUAAACUUAAU